UCAAAACAGCAACACUUUACCGCUGCAGCUGUAACGGCUUCAGGCUCUCUGCGGUGUUCCAUGUCACCGCGACAACAAGCCGGAUCACGGAUUAAAUAGUCCGCUUUUUGUGAAAAAAUGAGCUAAACCAAAGAAAUAACAAGAAUAAAGUACUAAAUAUUGAUUGAUAUUUAUUUAUUUUGUAAAUGACCAUAGUAUAAGCGGGAUAAUACCCAAUGAAGUGUGCAUUAUGAGAAUUUACGCGGAGGCCGGAACGCUCCAGUUUUGAAACUGAAAAAAAAAAACUUUUGAAACUGAAAAAAAAAAUGAAAUUUAAAUUUUGUGUUUUGAGACCUAGUUUUCCGGCCAAACAUUAAUACUUUUUUUCUAAAUAUUUUAUCUCCGUUUCAAAUAAUAUUGGCCCCGAUUUAGCUCCAUACCAAUCAGGAUCGAGUAUUCACCCUGACCAUGGAUUUGUUAAACUGUAGUGACGCAGAGCCGUUUUUUUUAUCAUUGACUUUUACUGCCAUCUUGUGGUGAAACCAGUAAAAAAAAUACCCCUUGUUCUGCGCCUGCUCGUUUCUCACUUCCGGUCGGUCCCAAUCAAUCGAUCGGAGAGAGGAGGAUGUCAACAUCGACCACCGAAGAACUCGACGGGGCCUGGUUUAUUCCAUCGAGCAGGAAACCGUAAUGCUCUGCGUGGUCUUCCGGUGUGAGUCCGGGCUGAACGGCCGUUAAAAAGAGACGUCAGAGACAUGCAGUAAGGUGGUGAAAGAGCUUCUAGGACUUCAACUACAACCCCGGGUGCGGCCUGGUGCUACCAGUGCUAGCAGGGAUGCUAACGGAGCUGAUACGGGAGCAGACCUGACCGUAGAGAAUCAAGUUGGAGAAUUUCUUGCGUCUAAAGGGAUUUCCUUGGACCCAAAUACUGUUGAGAUCUGUCAUCCGCUUCCUCGGAGAAAGAAUACGGAUAAACCAGGGAUCCUGCUCAGAGCCUGCAUCAUCAUGGAGUUCCCAUGGCACAGUGGAGAGGUACUGGAGCAGCUUAAUCGACAGCGCAAACAGGGCCUGUUGUGCGACUGCACCUUUGUUGUGGAUGGGGUGGAUUUUAAGGCUCAUAAAGCUUUGCUGGCAGCCUGCAGUGUGUACUUUCGCACUCUCUUUUUGGACCAGAAAGAUGUGGUUCAUCUGGACAUCAGCAAUGCAGCAGGUUUGGGACAAGUCCUGGAUUUUAUGUACACUUCUAAACUGAAUUUAAACCCCCAAAAUGUGGAAGACGUGCUUUCUGUGGCCCAUUUUCUACAGAUGCAGGAAAUCAUAAAUGCUUGUUCUGCAUUCCAGUCCAUGGCAAAUCCAACCCCCUCUGUCAUAACACUGGAUUUUGGAGUUGUUCCAGAAGAGAAAACGGCAGAAACAGAGCGGAAGUGUGAAACUGAGAACUGUGUGCCAGAAAUGGUGGCAGAGGCUGGAGAGCUUCCUCUCAGCAAUUUUGCACAUGAUCAGACACUCGGGCAAACCCAAGAAGGCACAAAUCAAGAAAUCUCUGCUAAGGGGCAAGAAAACCCUUCUCAGUGCAGUCUUGAUAGAACCCACUCGAGGCGUGGACGGCCUCCCAAAAUGUCUCUGCUUUGUCCUCUGAAAAAGACAUCUGUGAAAAAGGAGAAUGGCUGUCCAACUCCACAAGCAUCUGGACUCCAGGACAGCGUCUCGAAUGCUGAUUACACAUCCAAAUUCCAGUCUAAACCAUGUGGCUCUUUCUAUAUGAGCUCUCGAGGAAGAAGAAUCAGAAAAUCUCUUCACAGUGAAUUCCCAGCAGGAAAUGACUCAGAUGAAGACAUUCUUCCAAAGUCUAAAGUGAAGAAAAAGGGGAUAACAAAGGUGUCUGAGGAAGAGGAAGAUGACUUUGGGGAGACGAGUGACAUGGUAUCUGAAGAUCAUGAGGAUGAUGAUGACAUUGAUGAUGGGGUUGAGGUGGAAGCUGACAACAACAGCCAGGAAGCAGAUGGGUCGAGUGACAGAGAUGAGAGACAAGCACAGUUACCAUGUGGGAACAGCCGGUCCGAAUCAAAGCCAUACAGUUCUGUCACACACAGGUGUGAGGACUGUGGAAAAAAAUUUACGCACACAGGAAAUUUCAAGAGACACAUGCGCAUUCACACAGGAGAGAAGCCGUUCAGCUGUCGGGACUGCAGCAAAGCUUUCUCUGAUCCUGCCGCUUGCAAAGCUCAUGAGAAAACACAUAGUCCUCUGAAGCCAUACAAGUGCUCUACUUGUGGAAAAAGCUACCGUCAGAUUAGCCUUCUCAACUUGCACCACAAACGCCACACAGGUGAAGCACGUUACAGUUGUGAGGUCUGCAACAAGCUGUUUACUACAUCCGGUAAUCUGAAACGCCACCAGCUGGUGCACAGUGGUGAAAAGCCCCAUCACUGUGACUACUGUGAGAAAUCUUUCUCUGAUCCCACCGCCAAGAUGCGCCAUCUGGAGAUUCAUGACAUGGAGAAGGGCAACAAAUGUCCACACUGCGACAAACGCUUUAACCAGCUGGGAAACCUUAAAGCUCACCUAAAAGUCCAUAUUGCAGACGGGCCUCUCAAGUGUAAGGAAUGCGGGAAACAGUUUACUACUUCAGGAAACCUGAAGAGACACCUGCGGGUUCACAGUGGAGAGAAACCUUAUGUGUGUGCACACUGUCAGAGAGCCUUUAGUGACCCUGGAGCUCUUCAGCGGCAUGAGCGCAUCCACACAGGAGAAAAGCCCUGUGUCUGUAGAGUUUGCGGCAAAGCUUUUACCCAGGCCAGCUCUCUCAUCGCUCAUGCUCGCCAGCACACGGGGGAGAAACCCUAUGUGUGUGACCGCUGCGGCAAAAGAUUUGUGCAGUCAAGUCAGCUGGCCAAUCACAUUCGCCAUCAUGACAAUGUGCGUCCACACAAGUGUCAGAUGUGCAACAAGGCAUUUGUCAAUGUGGGAGAUCUGUCAAAGCAUAUUAUCAUUCACACGGGCGAGAAGCCCUUUUUGUGUGAUAAAUGUGGCCGAGGGUUCAACCGAGUAGAUAAUCUGCGCUCCCAUGUCAGGACUGUUCAUCAUGGCAAAGCUGGUAUGAAGAGGCUGGUUGUUGCUGGGGAAAGUGCCAGUGAGCUCUCUGAUGAGUGCGCAGGGACGUCCACUUCCGACCAGAUCAAAAUUGUUACUGUCACCACGGAAGACAUUGUUACCUUGGCAACAGAGGCGCUAGCUGCAAGUGCUGUAGCUCAGCUGACAGUGGUCCCAGUGGCUACCUCUGUGCCUGCAGAUGAGACAGAAGCUUUGAAGGCUGAGAUUUCAAAAGCAGUUGAGAAAGUGCAAGAAGCAGACCCCAACACCCAGAUCUUGUACGCUUGUGAUUCUUGUGGAGAUAAAUUCCUGGAUGCCUGCUCCCUGGCUCAGCAUGUGCGCAUCCACACAGCUCAAGCAUUGGUCAUGUUUCAGGCUGACUCAGACUUGUACCAAUACACCACAGCCACCGAGGGGGAAAUGGCAACAACAUGGCAACACACAUCUGAAGAGGUUGUUCAUGCUGAAGGAGUAGUCAACACUGGAGAAGAGAGAAAAGAGAUAGUUGCUAGGACACAAGACGCACAGGACUCGGAGGUCGUAGUACAUGCAGAGGAGGACCUGGAGGAACGAGAGGUGGAGAGCCCCAACAAACAUCAAACGGAUGGAAAAUGUGUAGAGGAGAAAAAAGACAUUAAAUGUGAGGUUCAGACAUAAUGAAGCAUGUCUGUUUUGGAAGGAAAUGUUGUUUGCAACAGAGAUUUUUUUUUAUGUGGAGGGUAAGUUUGUAAAUUAGCCAUGAAAUGAAAUCUAAGUUUGUAACAUUUGAAUUUAUAAUAGUAUUAACAAGUUCUUUCAAAUACCAAUAUCGGAUGUUAUUUUUUAAGGGAAUUUUAGAACAAGGGAAUUUUUCAAAUAUUCCAAAACACAUUUUUAGAGAAAACUUUGAAAUUUGAUGUGUUUUUUAUAUAAGACCAGUUUUUCCUUUCUCAACAUAAACAGCUUGAGUCUCU